CCUCGCCCCCGCCGCGAUGGCCCCGCCGCUCCUGCUGUUCCUGCCGCCGCUGCUGCUGCUGCUGGACGUCCCCGCGGCGGCGCAGGCGUCCCCUCUGCAGGCGCUACACGUCCUUGGGAACGGGCCCCCCGUCAACCACAAGAUGGGCAGUCUAUACCUGCGGAAGCCCCUCAAGGAGUCCGAGGCACAGCUUGUCAACGUGACCCUCUACUAUGAAGCCCUGUGUGGUGGCUGCCGCGCCUUCCUGAUCCGGGAGCUCUUCCCCACAUGGCUGAUGGUCAUGGAGAUCCUCAAUGUCACACUGGUGCCCUACGGAAACGCGCAGGAACAGAAUGUCAGCGGUAGGUGGGAGUUCAAGUGCCAGCAUGGGGAAGAGGAGUGCAAAUUCAACAAGGUGGAGGCCUGCCUGUUGGAUGAACUUGAGAUGGACUUAGCCUUUCUGACUAUCGUCUGCAUGGAAGAGUUUGACAACAUGGAGGAAAGUCUGCCGCUAUGCCUGCAGCUCUAUGCCUCAGGCCUGUCGCCAGACACUGUCAUGAAGUGUGCAAUGGGGGACCGCGGCAUGCAGCUCAUGCACACCAACGCCCAGCGGACAGAUGCUCUCCAGCCACCCCACGAGUAUGUGCCCUGGGUCACCGUCAAUGGGAAACCCUUGGAAGAUCUGAGCCAGCUCCUGGCCCUCGUCUGCCAGUUGUACCAGGGCAAGAAGCCAGAUACCUGCCCUCCCUCAACCAGCUCCCUCAGGAGUGUCUGCUUCAAGUGAUAGCUGGUGCCCUGCAGGGAGCCAAUGGAAGGCAGGUGGGAACCAGGCUCCCUGCCGUUUUUUCCCAUCCGGACCCUUGGCGUCUGCUGCUCACAAACUGGAAAAUUUCUAUGUAUCCCAUGAAGCCCAGACGCACAAAAGUCCACCCCAUGAUCAAGAAUCUUGCUCCACUAAGAACGGUGCUGAAGUAAACCUAGUUGAAUAAACCCUU